UUGAGUCAUUGUUUUUGAGGCAAAAGAGGAAGAUGUGUUCAGCAUUCUAAUAUUUUCCAUGAUUUCUAGAGACCCUCAGAGGGAGUUUCCUGAACACAAUAUAUAAGCUUAUGGAACAUAUUUAGCCUCAUAGUGUCAUACUGGUUUGGAAGUACAUUCUUAAGAGAAGAGGAAAUUGUUUUGCUUUAAUAACAAACAAUCUCAAAGCCUGCGGACUCUUUUUAAACCAUGGAUGUUUUAACCCCUUCAGAAGACCGCACCAAUUAUGAGGACUACUACAAUGCAGUGGGACUUGAGGAAUUUGAACCUUGCAAGAAAACGCAUAUUAGGGAGUUCAGCAAUGCCUUUCUACCUGUAUUCUACUCCAUCACCUGCAUACUGAGCGUCGUUGCUAAUUUAACGCUUUUAAUCAUUUUCAUAAAGUAUAAAACUCUAAGGAAAGUGUUUCCUGUGAACAUCGUCAUUUCGGAUAUUGUUUUUACACUCACACUUCCAUUCUGGGCAGUGUAUGCCAGUAGUGAAUGGAUCUUUGGUUAUGAUAGCUGUAAAGCAAUAACAUUGGUCUAUAUGGUCAGUUUGUAUAGCAGCAAUCUCUUUGUCGCUAGCCUGGGCUUGCAGAGAUUUUUGGACAAUGUGAUGUACAAUAUUAAGAUGUUCAGAAGUCCGAAGAGGAACACUAUCAUGUGCAUUUUGGUGUGGCUACUUUCAGCUUUGGCUGCAAGCGUUCAUGCUCAUUUUGUGGAGACUCACGAGUUUGAUAAGCAAAACACCUGCACAUAUCACUUCGGAGAUAAAGCUGCCUGGAAAAUCUAUGUGAGAUUUCAGAUGAACUUUCUUGGCUUCGUCAUACCAUUCCUAGUGCUUCUGUUUUGUUCCAUCAGACUUCAGUGUUUUGCCAGGGAGGGGAGCACAUUCCAGAGACACAUGCCUGCCAAACUUGAAACUGGAUUUACUAUCGUGUUUUUUCUCCUCUGGUGCCCCUACAGCAUUGUCAUUUUUCUGCAUGCUCUGCAAGACCUUCACGUAUUUUAUGCAUGUACCAUUAACAUACACUUUGACGUUGCCAUUCAGGUGACGGAAUGCAUUGCAUUUUUGCACGUUAUUGUAAAUCCUCUUUUGUAUGUUUUUUUAAACAAGAAAAUCAGGAGACGACUAAAAGGUACAUGCAGAACCACAAGGGAGUAUUUGCUAGAAGAAUCCAAUAGUUCAUCAGUCACAUCAAGUCAAAAUGGAACUUUUGAACUAAGGUCAGUUCAGCGAUUUCAAGCCCGUGACCGGAACAACUCUUGGGCUGAGCGACCUGGUAACCUCAUACCUGAGGCAACAUAAAAGCCUGUUACGUUUAUUUUGUCUUCGAUGUUUCAGUUUAAUAAUUCACUAUAUAAAACUUUGCUGAUUCAUUUUUAUAGCAUCGUCAUGUUGUAGUUUGUAAUACAUAAAUGAUAUAUACUUUUACAUAAAAUAUAUUUUAUCCAGUAUAUAUCAGGAAGCAGAUUUUGUCCAACUUUUAUAUUUGCACGCAAGUUUUCAAUAAAAUUUGUUGUUGAGGAUUGAGUUUUAUAAAUAAAAACAGUUACUCAUAUAUGAUUUACCAAAAAUAAAAAACAAAGUCAGUGCUAUAUCUCAUUAUGUUUUUUUCGUUUUUUCACAAAAUAGCUAAAUGUUUGUGUAUGCAAACUGUACUACAGUAGGCCUAUAUUUUACAAAACUAUAUCAUGUUAAUAUGCUUGUAAAUAAAUGCUUUUCGUUUUUUUUUAAAUUGCUUUUAAAAUAUUUUCCUGUAUUUGUUUAAAAUUGUGUGCAUAUACAUUUAUACUUAGCAUUGCAUAUGAACUGACCAAAGUACAAGAAAACAUUGACAAGCACUAUUGUAUUUUUUAAAAUUUAAUUUAAAUAAAUAA